GAGCGGAGGCUUCUUCACUCAAUCAUUGACCGCCAUGGCGCAUCACCCCACAGCGAAACCGCAGCUUGCUUGUGAAUACACCGCCACUUCAACCACUAUUACGAAACUGAGCUGUCACUUCAACGACACCUAUGACACGAUCAUCCAAAAAUUUCGUCUUCAAGUCCCACUGCUUGACAUCUCUCGUAUGCGUGCCGCAACCAAGGACAAAGAAAUAUCGCAAGCGGUGGAAGCUUCUGGAUCUCCGUCGGGAUUUGUCCUUUUCGCGGAGUAUAAUCACGCAGGCUGGAUGCGACACUUCACGAUUCAUGGGAAACCUCUGCAGCGUGCUCAUCGGUUCACAUUCGGUAACCCGUUGUUUGCCUUGCCGGUCCUACAGCACAGUAUCCAAGCGGCGUUGCACAUCCCGCUUGACUGCUGCUUUAUUGAAGAGCUGGAUCGGAAGAGAACAAAGAUGAUCGUCACACUUCCGACUACAUUCCUUGGUAGUACUGAGGUGGAUGUGGAUGCUGCAAGGCAUGCUUUGGCGGAAAUCGAAGGGAAGCUGCUUACAUUGGUUCAACAACUCACGCCGCAGACGUAGCUAACGGCAUUCGCGGCAUCUGCUCCACUAGCUCUGGGUGCCUACGUGUCGUAUCAAAAAUUACAAUCCGAUUAUCUUGAUUUGGUGGCGUUGCGCGUAUCCAUUGCGUUUUAUUGCCCCAUCCAUCCUGCACGAAUCCUUUGUCGUCGGAACUUGGGCGCUCUUCGCUUAAUCCGCGAGCGUGC